GGGUGGAACUGGAAGGCUUUCCGUAUCCUUUCGUUCUUCGCCGUGUGUGUGAAAUUUUGCUUUGGUCUCCUGCCAGUUGCACUCAAAUCAGUGGAGCUUUGCCUCCAUCUCAUUUUCUGGAGUGCUGUGUCCAGUUCGGGGCUCCUCAGGACAAGAGAGGCAGGGAGCUACUGGAGUCAGUCCAGUGGAGGAGCACGAAGGUGAUUCGGGGCCUGGAGCACGUCUCUUCUGAGGGCAGACUGCGGGAGCUGGGCCUGUGCAGUCCAGAGAUGCCCGAGAGGGGAUCUCCUUAAGGCCUAUGAAUAUCUCUAAGUGGAUGGCAAGUUUGUGGCACCAGACUCUUUUCAGUGGUGCCCAGAGGCAGAAUAAGGAGCAGUGGCCAUAAACUAAACCACAAGAAUUCCACUGAAACGUGACAAUGAACUUUGUGUUGAGGGUGGCAGAGCACUGGAACAGGCUGCCCAUGGAGGCUGUGUCAUCUGCUCUAGAUCACCGUGCCUUGACAGAGUGGUUGGAGUAGAAAAUCUCCAAAGGUCCCUUGCAACACUAAUGAUUCUGUGACUCCCUGUUUAUUAGAUAGCCUGCAGUAGGAUCGUGUGUCUUUCUUCCACCCAGCCACACCUGUCCUGUCCUUCAUCCUCUCCCCUAGUACCUCUCUUAUUUUCACAAUAACUUUGAGGUCAGCCCUUGCCUCCAUGCUCUGCACUUGUAACUUUUCCUCAUCCUCCCUCUGCUGCCCAAUGAAGACUUUGACUUCCUCCUGUCCUUGCCAUGCUGACCACCAUGCGACCUGUUACUGUGGUGCUGCACUGCUGUCUGAGUUUCUCUGCUCCCCCGGCUAGGGGAGGAGACCGCACCGGCCGAGCUGUGGCACAGCAGCUGACAGCAAGGGAGUACUUCCCAGAUGCACCAGGAGCGUCCGGGGAGCACCUCAGCAAGAGGCAGCAGUGGGCAGCAGGAAGGUGAAGUGAGGAAUGAAAAGAGGGACUCUUCUCGGGGGCAAAGUCCGGAAGUUUAUUGUCUCCAGGGGAGCCAGCCCAGAAAAGACCAAGAGCAAGGGAAUACCUAGCAUGACCAGUGCACAGCUUGACUGCCAUAGCAACACACCUAGACUGUAAGCCUCGUGCUGUGGUGUCCUCCAUGGAAGUGAGCCAUAGUGACUGUAUGGAGAGAGCUGCCACUUUCACCUAUGUUCACAGGUACCUGCAGGAGAGACACCUGGGCAUCAUGGUUCAGCCAUCUUCCCCUUGAGUGUUUGUUUUGUUUAUUGGUUGGGGUUUUUUUCCUCUCUCUCUCCAGUAUGUAAUAGGGGAACUGAAGUGAUGGGGCUUUUUGCUGUAUCAGGAGGGUCAGUUUAGCUCCUGGAAGGGUUUUUUUAGCAUGAAGGGCAGAAAGCAUUUGAACAGGCGCUGCAGAAAGUGGAAGGCUCGAGCGCUGGGUUUCAGCAGUGCUGCCUGCGCGGUAUCCCCGCAGCUUGCCGCACCUCACUCCGGGUGCUGAGCAGGGGAGCACGGCUUUACCAGGGGCUGAGCACCCUUGCAUCUGUGCUUGCACUCCAGUGCUCUGCCCUGCAGAAACUCCACGGUCCUGGGGAGCAAGGGGAGGGCACCCCUCUGCUCUCCCAAAUACCCUUCCCUCUGGUGGUGCAGCAUUCACCCAGAGCUGGCUCCUGACCCUGCAGCUUCUCGCAGGAGAACGUGGAGCACCCUUCUCUUUGAGGAGCUACUCCUGGUAUUAAUGUUGGUACCUCGCCCACCGGCCUUGUGACUUGCUUAAGGCCGCCGUGCCGUGCUGCAGCGGCGGCUGCCCCGCUGGCCCUGCGCCCUGCACCCAGCCGGUGCCUCCCUGCGCCUCCCGCCAGCCCCAGCCCGCUGCGGGCUGCAGCCACCGAGGGCAGGAGGAAAUGCAGCCAUGCGGAGCGAGGUGGCGAGCAAGGUGCUCGUGAGCACUGUCAGCCGGGCCCUGAGUGUCCUGGCGACAGGGAGAUGAUCUUUCAGGCCCGCAAUCGGCUCUGAAAAACACCAUCAUGUGUGCAGAAAUGUUUUGGGUUUUUUUUAGAAAAGCAUUGCUUCUUCUUUUUCAGAAUUGUUUUAUGUCAAGUUGAAGGGCAACUAAGAAUGCUGACCUGCUUUUCUAGGAGUGUCAAAAUAAGGAUAAGUCCAGGGCAGAGGAGGCAAACUUUCCUGUUCCUUUCUGGUGGAAAUACUCCUUGAGCAGUCACUCUAGGACCGUUCUGCCAGGGACAGUGUUAGUUGCUCGGGCUGCCAGUGAGGGUUAUUCUUUAGGGACUGACAGAACAGACCUAAGUAUUUUUGAUACUGAAGACACCUAAGAGACUUUCAACAGCAUUUUAAGGGGUAUUCCACUUGAUUGGCUUUGUAAAUUGCAAAAGCUUUUCUUUAUUGCAAAAGCUUUCCUUUAUUGGAAAAGCUUUCCUGUACAGUUAAAUGUGCAUGAUCACUGUGGUAAAGUAAAAUGCUGAUCGAGUUGAUGUGUUUAAACAGAAUUCUCUGUAUUUUAAGUAGAAUUCUCUAUAUCUUUAAGCUCUGAGGCUUGAAGCAGAAUUUGCUGCCCCUAUCCCUGCCUUUGAUCUCUGAUCCAAAUGGAAGUUGAUGGUAUCAUUCUCUCCUUUAACCCCUCUUUUUAAUGUAAAAAGAUGCUAUCAGGUGGGUUAAGCAGAUGUUGCCCAAUGUUUAUGGAAAGCUUUUGUAUUUUAUGACCUGCCUGGCAAUUGUCUGAGAAGAUGACGUCUUCUUUGACACUCAAUCUGAAGUUCUGCACGUUCUGAACUGAACUUUGCUUGAAACGGAGUAGGGGACAUCUCCCCAAACGACCAGCAGGGACCACUAGAGACCCCCGAAGAGGCCUACGCAGGUGCAGUGACACGUACUGCAUACGGUUGCACAAUUAUGCAGUAGGCACGAGUAACUGUGUAUUAGAUAGGCAGGUUUGUGUAGAUUUCAGUGUGUGAAUUCUCUCACAUUUUAAUCCUUAAUCGGCUUGAUUUGUGAAAAAUCUCUGCUUUGCAUCGCGGGCAGGAUAAACAAUAUCUCCUUUCUAAAUCCUUUGUUCGUGUUUAGAGAGUUCUGAAAGUUGGCAACAAAAACCGUAAAUUGAUUUACAGUUUAGAAACCUUUGCAGAAGAAUUAAUUUAUUGGAGGUGCUGCCCUAGCAUUCAAAGAGGAGAAGAAAUUAAGCAGAUCCCAGCAGGAAGGAGCAGAUGCAGCCAAGGCUGAGACAGAAUCUGCUGCAGCCACGCCAUCGGGUCCUGUUGCAGAGACGUUCUGAGUUAUUCAAGGGGCAGUGACUGAAGAGUAUGUGAGAAGCACUCAGGGUGUCUUUCAGUUUGAGCUCUCUGGCGAUGGUGGAGGCACUUGGUAUAUUGACCUGAAGACCAAGGGUGGGAGCGCUGGCUUCGGAAAGCCUCCUGUGACAGCUGAUGUGGUUAUGAGCAUGUCGAGUGCCGACUUUGUGAAGAUGUUCACAGGUGAGAAGUAAAUAUGAGCUUGGAAACACAUGAACAUCAGUGCCAGGACCCUGUAAUCUGAACUGUGUCUUCAGCUGACUUCCCAACAGCCAGGCGCUGUUGAUCCUGUACCAUGGAGGACUGCCUUCACACCUCCUCCGAAAAUCUCUCCAAGCUGGUGAGCUGGGCCCACAGCCAUGGGACCAUCUGCAGCCUCAUCCCCAACCUCAAGCACCUGCUUUCCGAGGGGGCCCACGGCAACCUGACAGCCAUAUGGGGCUGUAGUGCUGGCCAUGCCUACCAUUGGCCCCUGGCCGCCACUUGCCGGGCUGGCUCCCAGGAGCGUGUCUGCUUCCAGGACACCCGCAGCUUCAACUCAGACAGCCCCAGCAUGCUGGGGGUGCCAUCAGAGGCUCAGGCCAGCCCCCUGGAGCGCUACCCAGGCCGGCCAGGGAAGGCCAAGCUGGAUUGCACCCGCACUCGUGACUCCUGUGACUUCUCCUACUGCAGUGAGCCAUCAGAGCUGGGCGAGCCUGUGGAGGAGUAUGAGGAUGAGGCCACCCUCUUCGACAUGGUCUGUGAGUCCUCUGUCACCGAUGAGGACAGUGACUUUGAGCCACACUCGCACCGUGCUCCCACUGGCCCCCGCAAGCGGCCGGCUGCCACGGCCCAGGCCCAGGCGCAGCCCGCAGACGAGGGCGGCAGUGACGUGCUCCUCAAGAAGAUCAAGCAGGAGCUCCCUGAGGACUACUAUAUAGUGGCCAAUGCGGAGCUGACAGCCGGCACUGAUGGGCCGGCCCUGGCUCUGACACAGAUGUCCAAGCCCAAGCUGCAGCCCCCGGCUGGGCCCUCCUGCCUGGGACCCACCAGAACCGUGCCCCAGCCGGCCGCAGGCCCUGACCUCGACCCGCAGCGCCCCUGCGCCUCCCCGCCUGGCCCACCCCGCGUGGCCACGCAGCGGCCACCCCGGGGACCCAUCGCCUCCCCGGCACGGGGGGCAGGCGGUGGCCCUGUGGCUGCCCUGCAGGUGCCAGCCACCAGCUCCAAUGCCAUCACCACCGCUGGGAAACCCAUCAGCAUCCCCCUGUCAGCCCUGCAGCUGCCUGGUCAGGAGGAGCCACCGGCGGCUGCUGAAGAAACCCUUCCGUCCAUCCCACAGCUGGCCACGGGUGGUGAGGUGGCCAGCUCGCCCUCAGUGGGCACCGAGCCUGAGGUCAGCUCCAGCCAGCAGCAGCCCCACGCAGCGCCCACCAUCACGCCUGAGGCAGCAGCACAGCUGAUGCCAGACCAGGAUGAGAGAGCAGCAGAGCUUAGCAGGGAGCAGAAUGAGAAGACCAUUCGCAGCACGCAGACGGCUCUCCGCAAUUUCCGAGAAUUCCUCAUUUCCAAGUACCCCUCUGAGACCCGUGAGAUCUAUGUCAUCCCCUGCAAGGAGCUUGAUGCCUAUCUUGCCUCCUUCUUUGUGGACGCCAGACAAAAGGAUGGGUCUGAAUAUGAGCCAAACAGUCUCGCCAACUAUCAGUGUGGACUGGAGCGGUACCUCAAAGAGCACAGGUAUGGAUACAGUAUUACAAGGGAUAAGGAGUUCAAGAGGUCCCAGGAAGCUCUAAAGCAAAAGCAGAUAGAGCUGAGGUGUAAAGGCAAAGGAAACAAGCCACACAAAUCCAUGAAGCUCACCUUUGCUGAUGAGCUUAUCCUGCGCAAAAGAGGCUUAUUGAGCAGAUACAAUCCUGAAGGGCUUCUGAACCUAGUGUGGCUGAACAACACUAAGGCAUUUGGACACUGCACGGGUUUCCAUGGGUCCACCCUCAAGUGGGGGGACAUCCGGCUGCGGGUGACAGAGACUGGGUUGGAGUACCUGGAGUGGAUGGGGCCAGACAACGGGGAUGUGAGUACCAAGAGCAAGAGAGGCGGGACGGACUCGCGGGUGUACGCCACCCAGCACGCCCCGCAGACCUGCCCCGUGCAGGACUACAAGGAGUACGCCCAGCGGCGCCCUCCGGCCAUGCGCUACGAGGAUGCGCCGUUUUACCUGUCCAUCAAACCCGUUGUCAACUUGGCUGCACUUCACUGGUACAAUUGCCAAGCUCUGGGGAAAAACAAGCUUGCCAAGAUGGUGAAGACAAUGUGUGAGAAAGGGAACAUCCCUGGCCGCAAGACCAACUUCAGCGUCUACCAGAGCUGCAGCACCCUCUCUGAAGCUCAGAGCAACCAGCUGGUGCUGAUCUGCAAUAACUUGAGCCAGCAGGCUGCCCAGUCCAUGGCAAGCCACUCCAAUACUGGCAACUUCAUAGUGUCAGCAUCCUAUGACUCGUCAUCUGACACGGCUUGAAAGAACACUGAACAUUUUUUUCUUUUCCUUUCUGUUUCAAGCAUUGAAUUUGUGCUCAAUAAUACACAUCAGCUGUGAUUGUACACUAUUCCCCCUCUCAGCCCUCUCUCCAGUGUUAAUUCACUUUAUAAGAAUAUAUAAACAUAUAAUAUAUUUUUCUUUCUACAAAUAAGUCAACAGAAAUAGUUUAGUAUUACUAACAGUAUUUAUAGUGUUAAUGCAAAAAUGAAAGGUACUUAUGGGUUAUAAUACAAAUGCAGAUUUUAAAAGGAUAGAAAUGGUUCUCAGGCAACACAAGAUAGACUGAAAAUACCAUUUUUAACAUGCACACAUUAAUAAGUCCCCAGGGAGGCUUACGUAGCAAUUCUGUUCUAAAGCAUUUUUUCAACUUAGUAUUGUAACAUGACCUCCCACAAUGGAGGAGACAAACUUAACAUUGGCUGCUGCUUUUUACCUGCUAACUUAUUCUUGAUCAACAAGACCAAGAAAUAAGAAAUACACCAAUGUAAGUUCACAAAACUAUUUACAGCAUAUUUUGUCUGUUUUUAUUAUAUUUCCUGAGGCUCAUUUACACUACAAAAAUCCUGAAGUCAGCUAAAUGCCAUUUUUAACUUUUAGGUAUGUUGAUUUUCUGGGAUCAAAAUGUUGCUGGUGUUUAGGUUAAAAUGUAUUGUUUUCAAAAAUAUGCAAAGGUAUAAUGGCAAAACCAUUGUCAUACAUAAUUUUACCUCUUUAAGCAUAGGUUGUUAGUAUUUUAUUGGUGUGUGUAUGUGAUGUAAAAUCUAUUGACAUAGAGCACUCUUUCAGUAUUCUGGGAAAACGAACAGUACAAAAAAAUCUGCAAUCUUACCCCAGCUGUACAGAACAAUGGCAUCAACUACGUCCCAAGCCAUCCUUUGAAAUACACAGAACAAUAGAGAGUGUAAUGAUAUUUCUACAGAAAUUUUUAAAAUAAAUUCUACAGAGAGGUAAAAAGCUGGAUAGUUUUAAGUGCUGGAAUACAAAUUUAACUUAGCUACACAUCAUUUGUUUCCAUUGCAGAUGAUGGAAAAUGUGCACAUGAAUCCAUAGCCUUGAUAAAGCAAGUUCUACUGGUCUACUUUGUAAUGUACUUGUUCUACUACAAGUAUGGGAGAAACACUAACAAAUUCACUACUUCAGUGAACAGUUAUAAUUCUUGACACUUAAAAUUAGGAACAGUACUUUUCAAGUAAAUAAACUUAGUUUAAGUUCCACAAGGAUGUGCUAGGGCUAGGGUGAGGCUUUAGAAAAGUCUGCUGGGGUAAUUGAGUGCCUGCUGAAGUCAGUGAAAGAGACAGCCUUGGCUGAUUUCCUCCAGGUAUUGGACCAAACGGCCUUUGGAGAGGCUUUCUUGUUUUGCAGUUUUUAAUUGUUAUGUUUCUUUGUGCUUGUUUGUCUGUAUUUCUUCACAUUCCUGAAUAUCCUUCAAAUUCUUUAGAUCUGCAACUGUGCAAUGACUUUAAUCAUCACUUAUUCCAAAGAAGAGGUGGAAGAAAGGUAGCAAAUACAAACAGAAGUAACCCACCUAGCACCUAUAACCUUUUGUUUCUGUGUUCCUAGAAUGAAAUGUUCCUGUGUGAGAGGGAGAUGGCAGAGUGUCUGCACCUCACUUAAGCCUUACUGAAGGUGUGUUUUGGGGAUGAAACAGGUAGCAGAUGUGGCACUGAAAAGUCUAAGGGCAGAGAUUUCCACUAUAAUAAAUAUCUGUCCUCCCAGGAAGCUUGAUGCAGGUGACACAACCUGGCUGUGAUCUCCUUUUUUUCCCACAUGUAGUGAGGCUGGUAAAAAGUCUGGUCUUCUGUGUCUGACACUCCAUAGUAGUGUAGCCACCAGUUCUACAGUCUUCCAUUUAUGAUCUGCUGUCUCUCAGGGUAGGCAGUGGAUUGGUGGGCACAAGCAGUUGUUCAUAUUGUAGAGCCCUCCUUUUGUAACUUGGCUUUGGGACUUGAGGCCAAUUAUGACUCUACUGAAGUGGUUGCAAAAUUUGUCUGUGACUUUCUGACUUGUCAGUGAAGGAGACAGAAGCCCUGAGAGAUUUCAGGUGAAGCCAGAAAGACAGCUGCCCAGCUUCCAUAUGAGGCCAGACAUCUGAUUGCUGUUUGUACUGCCUUGCCUUUUCACAGCAGUGCUUUUAAUGUGAUAUUGUGAAAAAGCAAGACCAGUGUUGCUCUGGGAUUUCUUUACUGUUGUCCACUGAGGACUCAUGCAGCAGUGCUUAGUAUGUGCUGGAGUGUGAGCAUUCUGUGCCAAGGAUCUCUCUCAAACUGCCAGGUGAGAGCUCAGCCAUGGAGCUGACCUCUAGGGAAGUCUGGUUUCUCUUUCUCCCCACUGGUACUCAUGUAACACUUCCCAGUGACAGCUAUUGCAGUAUCUGACAUAGUUCCCUAGAUUUCCUUUCCUGUUCUGCAGUGAGGGGAUGGGUAUCAGCUGACCUUUGUGGGGCAGCAGAUCUCUGUUUCCCACCUCUCCUCCGCUGCCCAGCACACCCUUUGCUCUGAGGAGGCUGGUCCCUGGCUGUACAUGUGCUGUGCUGCAAGCAGCACUUUGAAGUGUUGCUUCACAUCAGUGCUGUAAUUCAGCCUUAACACAGAUCUCAGAAGAAAGAAGACUGGCACUCCUGGGUUUUGAGCUGAGAGGUCAAAAGAAGCAUUUCCCAUUACUUUUUUCUGAUUCUACAUGCUGUCUAAAUUGUUGAUUACCACAGUAUUAGGAUGGUUUGUGCUGAUGUCCAGCAGCAGUGAGGCAGCAUCUCUGGUACCCUUCACUUAAUGGGGCACAUGAGCAACCUUUGCUUGCCAGGUUAGGGAACAAGCAUUGAAAUGUGUGUGCUUAUUGUGAUAGCCUCAAUAUUAUCACGAGGGAGACCAGGGCCCAACUGGAAUUAAAUCUGGCCAAGGACAUCAAGGACAACAAGAAUGAUGUCUGCAAAUACAUCAACAACAGAAGGAAAAGGAAGGAUAAUAUGGGCCUGUUACUAAAUGAAGGAGGGACCCUGGAAACAGAGGACGUAGAGAAGGUGAAAUUACUGAACACUGCCUUUGCAAUGGUCUUCACUAGCAGCACCAGCCCUCAGGGAUCUCUGACCCAGGAGACCAGGAUAAAGGAAUGUUGGAAGGGAGACUUUCCCUUGGUCAAGGGGGGAAAAGUGUUGGAGAACACCUAGACUUCCACAAGUCCAUGGACCCUGACGGGAUGCAUCCACAGGUGCUUAGAGACUUGGUGGACACCAUAGCUGAGGCUGCUCAUGAUCACCUUUGAAAGGUCCUGGAGAGGUGCCUGUGGAUCAAAGAAAGCAAAUGUUACCCCAGUGUUCAAAAGGAAAAAAAUGGAGCCCAGGAAAUUACUGUCCAAUAAGCUACACCCCAAUCCCUGGAAAGGUGAGGAAGUGCCUCAUUCUGGAGGGCACUUCUGUCCAUAGGAGAAGAUGAUCAGGAUAGUCAACAUGGAUACACUAAAAGUAAAUCAUGUUUGACCAACCUGAUUUGCCUUUUACAAUUAAACAGCUAUGUGGAAGGAUGAGAGGAGAGCAGCAAUCUUGUCUACCUCAACUUCAGUGAGGCUUUCAACACUGUCUCUCAUAGGCAAACUCAGGAAGAGUAGACACAGUAGGACAGGGAGGUGAAUUGAGAACUGGCUGAACAGCAGAUCUCAGGGUCACAAUCAGUGGCACAGGUUCUAGUUGGAGGCCUGUCACUGGUGGUGUUUCCCACCAAUAGUGGACCCAGUCUUGUUUAAUUUUUCCACCAAUGACUUGGAUGAAGGGGCAGAGGCCUGCUCAGCAAUUUCCUGACAACACAAAGCUGCGAGGAGUGGCCGAUAGCCCAGAGGGCUGAGCAGCCCUUCAGAAGGACCUCAGCAGCCUGGAGAGAUGGGCACAGAGGAACCUUCUGAAAUUCAGCAAAGGCAAGUGCAGGGUCCUGCACCUGGGGAGGAACAACCCCAGGCACCAGCACAGCCUGGGGGUGACCUGCUGGGGAGCAGCUCUGCAGAGAGGGAGCUGGUGGACAAGAAGCUCUCCAUGAGCCAGCAGUGUGUCCUGGUGGCCAAGAAGGCCAGUGACAUCCUGGGGUGCACUAUGAAGAGCAUUGUCAGCAGUUUGAGGCAGAUGACCCUGCCCCUCAACUCAGCCCUGGUGCAGCCUCACCUGGAAUGCUGUGUCCAGUUCUGGGCUCCUCAGUACAAAAGAGACAUGGAGCUCUGGAGCAGGUCCAGUAGAGGGCAACAAAGAUGAUUAAGGGAAUGGAGCAUCUCUCUAAUCAAGCACAGGAACAGAUUGCCCAGGAAGACUCACCCUCACUGGAGAUAUGCAAGAAUUACAUAGAAACAAUCCUGUGCUGCGUGCUUUAGGAUGACCCUGCUUGAACAUGGGGCUUGAAACAGAUGACACACUGUGGCUCCUUCCAAACUUACCCAUACUCUGAUUCUGUGUAUAUAGGAAUAGUUUUGUUCUGCUUUGUGAUAUCUGUAGUAGCUCCAGCAGUAAUGAUGGCAGACUGACUUGGUAAGUUCUGAUGGGGCAGCCCCACUCAGACUAUUUGUUGAAGAAGUUAAACACAUAUGGACAGAAUAUGAUACCCAAGUAACAUAGUACAAAAAUAAACUUCAUUGUUUUGAAGGGUAUUUAAUACAACCUAUUAUUCAGUCUUUAUUUGGGGACAUUUAAAGGAAUUGAGUGGCCACAGUUUGUCUAACAUUUGUAUUAAGGCUGUGAAAGGUUAUUAAUUGUCUAGGAGGGAGAUUUUGUGUUUAAGCUGCUCUCCUGGUUUUGUCUAAUACUCGUAGGAGAGUGCAUAUCCUAAUCUCUUUAAUUUUGAUGAGAGAGGACAACCAGUUAUUUGCAGAUUUGACUGGGGGUAUCACACCCUUUGGCAGCAGGGUAGAAGCUCACAAUGAUGGUGUGCACCUUUCCUGGUGCUAAGAUACAGCAGCGUGGCCAUAGGCUAGUGCUGCCAAGUCUUACCAUCCUAUCCCUCUGCCUACAUGAAGAACUGUGGUCUCCAGCCUUGUCUCUUGUUACUGAACACCUUUUACCAUGAACUCAAGGACAGCUGGCAAAACACUCUCCUGCUCCUGUCCAGCACAGGCUGUGUUAUGGUUGUUGGGUGCAGUGGCUACAGUGAGGCACUGCAGGUGGGUGGCUGCACUUCAGACUACAUCAUACUCCAAUGUAAAAGCUGAGCUUUUGCCCCGUAGUGAGGCUGUGAUUUCCUUAAGAUGAGGAUAGCUGGCUCUAAAAUGGGGCUUGCUUUUCUCCUUUCUUUUUCCUUCCUUUUUUUCCUGCCACUCACAUUUCUUCAACUUGGUGUUAGACCUUGUCACUGAGAGAUUUCAAUGCAGCUCCCCAGCAGAAAAUACAGCAAAAAAAAAGUGGGAAGUCAGAUAAUUUUCUGUAAUUCUGUACUGAGCUGAAUCUGCUGAAAAAUUGAGGUGCAGACCCCAUUGGAGAGACAGAGAAUGGUGUUCAUCUACCAGCAUCACGGAGUCAUUAACCUGGCUCAGCUUCUGCAUCUCAUUAGAAACCCAUCAAAAGGAUAAUGCAGAUUCAGACCCUUCGGGUCAUUUGUAGAUGUAUUAGAUGCCUUCAGAAUUAUCUACUGGCUUUUGGGAGAUUUGCUCAGUGCUAUCAAGAGCAAAAUUUGGCCUUGAACUUAAGAUAAGAGGCUGAGUGCCAAAGCACAUGCCUACACAGUGCAAAGGGGUCUGCACUAAUGUUAGUGCUGACUUUCCCACGUGGCCUUCUUAGGACACCACAAUAAGAGUCUAACAUGGGGAUUAUAUGUGGAUGUCACUGGACUGAUCUGGAUGCAACUGUGCACAAUACAUGCAUUUGGAUCUGUUCACAUGAUUGCACAUGUAGAUGGGCAGAGCUGUGGACACUUUGGACGGUGUCAGCUCUGAUUUUUUAGUCAUCCAUGCAUGUAUUUAUGAUGCUGUGGUUUUGCACAAUGUUAUGUCUUCAUGCAGUUAGUUGAAACUGAAGUCUGUGAUGCCUGGGUGUCACAAACUGCCUGUUUUAUUUUCAAAAAUGUAUUUAUGCAACAAAAUAUGUUUUUAAGUGCAGGAGAAUGAAAUACUAUCAUGAGCUACAUUGUAAACUAAAUUCCAAGGGAUAUCUAAAAUAACAGCACAUACCUUGUUCACUUGCAUAAUGCAAUAAUUCUAUGAUAGCAGCAUCGGGGCUACUGACAUAGAGUAUAAUCUAACAAUAGAAUCUGUGUCCCUGCACAUUCUCCUUUAUGAAGAGUAUCAACAUUUUCAAGCUCUUUUUAGAAGUUGCUAUGGACUGAUACUCAGUCUCUACAACAUUGUUACCCUCUUAGAAAGCUCUGUAGAGAAUGACAGUCAAGCAAUGUUGUACUGUUGUGUGUUUGUGUCUUAGAUGUUUGUGACCAAAUCUUGUUCUGCUGUUUGCGCAAGUGAUGUGGGGUGGUAAGACGGGGAUCAGAAAGAGCAGGUGCUGUGUCACUCUAGAGACCAGGCUGCCCUAAGGACUGAGACAGCCUUAAAGGAAACUGAGAUUCCUGUUGCACUAGGUUUCUUCCUGUUCAGCUCAUAUGUUACCCUUUCUUGUCAUCAUGUCUGUGUACAUCCCAUAAGUGAAUUGACUGACCUGACUAGCACAUGUAGUGCAUGAGCUGAUCAUUCCAUCUGACAGCUGCAAAUUACUGUAAUUGACUGAUCUUCCCCAACCCCAACAGCUCCACUCCUCUCAUCAUUCCUGAUCUUCAAAUAUUCCUCCUUCCUCGUGUCUGCACCAUGGGGCAGGGGGACCACUUUGUGCAGGGCUGGUCUUGGCUGGGAGCCCUGCCCAUCAAGUGACCUUGUACUUUGGGGAUAAUGUGCUCAGGGCAGACCACCUCGCAUGGGAUAUGUGGGGUUAUGGGAUACUGUGUGUGAGCACUCUGGAGGCUCACAUCUCACAUGCUGGAAGCACUCUCCUUCCCUCUUCAUGUCAUGAAAUGAGAUUAAAUUUACGCCUGUGUGGAGGACCAGGCCCAAGUCUGUGUGCUGUGUAGACCUCCACUGACAUUAUGGACUUGGAAAUACGACUGAGAUGACUGGUCCUCAACAGUAUGCAACUUUUGGACUCCCUCUAUCAUGGAGAGGAGUUCAGCUCAAGGUAUGAACAACAGGCAUUGAGACCCAUCCAGCUCCCUGAACUUCCAGAAGCAGCAUGAAAAAAAGAGAACCUACAGGAUGCAGAAUUGUCAUUUUAUUUGCCUGAAAUGAACCAGUUCAUCCCUCUGGGUUAGUGUAGAGACUCUAUGAAACAUGCUGGGAAAUGGGUUUGCUCUUUUUAAUGAGGGUUCUUUGCUAAACCAUGGAGAGAUGGCUUCUCUGCUGUCCUUGUUCUUAAGGUGCAGGAUGUAUUUUCUCUUAUUUCUCUGCUUUCCUGUGUGUGCUGAAUCUACACUCAGUGCUGAGGGACAGUGGAGAGAGGAGACCAUCCAUUGUAAAGUAUGGCUAUAUUCCUAGCCAGAAGCUCGGUGCUACGCUUUCUGUUGAUGGUCCCCAUGCUCUGAGCCAUGUCUUGGUGGUUGUGGACCAUAAUAGCUGGUGUCUUCCAGCUGUCUGUAUGCUCUGUGCAGAGCCAACAUGAAGGUUGCAGCACGAUUCUCCAAAAACAGAGAGCCCAAGGGCAGCUUUUCAAGGACACCCCUAUCAGCUGAGCAUCUGCAAGCCAAGAAGAGAGAAGGCCUUAAGCACAAUUAAAUGAUGAUACUUUCCAAAGGACAACAUGUGAAAAACACAUGAGCUGUGCUUGAUCUCUUCAAGGGUUUUGGAAAGCUAAGGGCCCCCAGGGACAUCAGUGCUUCACAUCUUUCACAGGAGCACAAAUACAGCCGGUGAAGGAGUGGCCCUUCUGAGAACACGUCCGCAUUCUCUGAGCCCCUGGUGAGUUGCAUGGUUGCACUGCUUCCAGCUGCACUCCUGCAAACCAGUUCCCAGCCUGUUCCUCCACACUGCACUGUGGCUGUCACCCUGCAAAGCGCUGUUGCCAUUGUUCUCCAGCACCUUGACUCUUCCUGGAAGCAGCAGAGAGGCAUUUUCAGUGGCAAAAUACUUCAAAGCUGUGAAGCCCCACAGCCCAGAGAGUUCUCUGAGUUUGUUGAAAACUUUGAUACUAUCCUCUCAAGUGGAACAUAUUUGAAGCAGUGAUAUCUAAAGCUUUAAUUACUAAACUUACAUGGGAAAAUACGAAUUUGCCACAAAAUUUUCUUGUUAUAUGAACUGAUGGAUCUCUGUCUCAAGAAAUUAAUUUAUUUCCUCUGUUUUCUCUCUCAAUUGGUUAAUGGUAGUUGGCAAUGCAUAGAAAACUCCAUUUAUUUUAUUAUACAAAUGCCACUAAAUUAGUUGUCUGUGCAUUAAAUAAUGGACUUAACUGUUUCAAAGGUACUAGGAUGCUUUUGGCAAAUCUUUUAUUCUUGUGCGCAGCAUUCAUUAGACAGCACUUAUCACUAUCUGAAAAAAGAGAACCAUUUCAUAUUUCAAUCUGAUCUUUUGUAAUUAAAAAAGGUUUCUUUCACUUAAGAUACUGGUAAGGUAGAUGCUAUCUUUGAAAUUCAGUGGGAUAGUUUCAGUUGGAAUGAAAAGAGGUGUUAAGCUCUUCUAAACAAAGCUGUAGCAAUCCAUUAGUGAGUUAUUUUUGGUUACUACUGUUUGAUACAGUCUGUAAACAUCAAGAAAAUAACAGUCAAGUGAAGGAAAAAAAUCAAGAAAAUGCAAAAUAUUUAGGAAAAUAUAGAAGACUAAAUGCUUUAAAAUAAUUAAUUUAACAGGUAUUAUCUUUGCCACUUCAGCUGCUUUUCUUUUUCUUUCAAUUUUUUUUUUCUUCUGAACAAAUAAAACUCUGACAUUCCUCAUACCUAGAAUUUUAUUUGCUUUCUGAAAGUUGUAAUCUUGCUGAGACCGCUCUUGUUACCAUUAUAGCAUGUUCUCAGAUGGCCUAGAUCAUGUGUAGCUUUAUGGUCUGUUCCACAUUGCAUUAUUCCAAUCCUGCUGGGAUUCCUCUUUCUCUUCUACUAUCAUGCAUUUAAUAAACUUCCUAUAUGUAAAUUUCCAGCCUGAAAACAAACCGAUGCAGGAGACAUUGCCUCACCAUCUUCAGUGGUGGAUGCAGAAGGCAGGGAUCAAGACUAAAUGGCUUCAAAUUGAUUUUGAUAACUUUUGUUUAUGGAGACUAAUAUCCUAGUGUCUCUAAGGCUAAAGGUUCACUGAACAAUGAUUGCAGUGUCAGUUGCUUUGUGGAGACCUUUGUUUUCUGCCUGGUGCCUGUCAUUCAGAUCUUGGAAGUUUUGUCUUCUUCAGGAACUUUCUCUGUGAGCAGCUUGAAAGACUGGGUUCCUCUGCGCAAGGCUGGGGGCAUGGAUGCGAAAUGCAGGUGCAGAAGUAUCCAAGGCUUUCAGAGAUGUGCAGACAAAAUGUGAAAUGAAAUGUCUUAAUGAAAUCUGAAAGCUGUCAGGGGAGGAAAUGGUGUGAAUCUGAUUUUGCACCUAUUUAUGGCAGUACCUGCAAGUUGGGUGAUGCUGCUGCCAGAGAGAAUUUGGUGCCACUUCUGCAGAGUGCUGUGAGAAGUGUGCGCCCAUGCCUCUGCUUCCACCAAGCUCGGGCUGUUCCUGCACUUGCCCCCCAAGCACAUGACUAGCCCCACUGGAAAUGAGCCUGAGGUGUGCAGGAGGCAACAUCACUUGGCCAUAGAUGCAUUGUCAUGUUUGUUUUUGUCCAUGUGGCCCAUCCAUCUCAGGAUUCAUCUCGAGAUCUGUCUGGGCAGAAAAACUACUCAAUACUGGAAGAAAAAGAAGAGGCAGAAUAUCCAAGUGUAAUGAAGAGCAGUGGAAAGGCAGUGAAAAAGCCUGGAAACACAAUGGAAGUUUUUGUCCUUUAUUCUAAAGAAGGCAAGCGUAAUUCUUAUCCCUUAAUAUCCUACUUUGAUUUACACCAGAAUUAGAAAAUGUUUUCCAUUUGUUUCAAUUAUCUGCAGGCAUUAACUCUGCCUUUGAAAAGCACUUUUGCUAUGACAACCCUUGGUCUCAUGGUGAGCAGUGCUAGGAGAAACAGCUAACAAGGAUUUUGUCUUUCCCUGCAUGCAAUGUUUAAUCUUUUUAAUCUUUUAAUGUGAAUGUAUUUUUUGCCAUUUUGUAAAUUGACAAGAUUAGCACAGUUUCUUCCAAAACAGCAGUUGACAAACAUAUUUUGCUUAAGUAUAACUAAAUUUCCACCUAACUGUGAAUUCUCCGUAGUAACCAAUUCAUUCUUAGAGUUAAACCUCUAAAAGGUUAACACUCACUGACUUUAACAACUUUUUUUUAAGAACAGUUUGUAAAACUGGUUGUAGGUUUAAAAAAAAAAUUGAUUAUUAAAAAUAUUACACUGUCUUGCAUAAUAAUAAUAACAACAGUAAUUCUAUGCAUUGUGUGAUUCGGUGAUGUUGCUCUUGAAAUUUUGCAUGUCCUCUAGAUGUUCUGACAUUUGUAUGUAUACGUGGUACUUGUAAAAAUCCUAACCAUUGCUGCUAUUAUCACCACCAUUUUAGGUAACUGAAAAUUGUACUAUGAAGCUGUGCCAGUUAGCAGGAUUUUUGUGUGUCACACAAGAACUGCAUUCUGCUGAUCAUUUCUUGGUUUAUGCCAGUAUUUAGUGCCUUUUGUAGAAGGAAUCAAUAUGUUGUGGUAGAUGGGAUGUGCCAAAUUUCUAAUAUCUUGUUUGCACAGAUUAUCACUUACCAGCUUGAAGCUUAAAAAAGGAAGUAAAAGGAAAAAAAAAUAUUUAACUCUCCAUCUUUCUUUCAAAUGUCUUCUCAUUGAUUUUAAUUUGGAAAACCUUUAAUAGAGCUGAAAGGAAGCAAUCUUCUCCUGCCACACCUCCUGCAGCAGCAGUCUACCAACUGUGAGGGAUAUGAGGGAAUGUGUAGCAGCAAAAUGUUCCCAUUGGUAAUGGAUCUAAUGAAUAGCCAGGAAUGCUGAAGUAAUUUUGGAGCAUGGUAAAACACCAUUUAAUUAAAGCAGUCCUCUGAUUACCAUAAGAAACCGUUGGCUCGCAAAGCAGUUGUGAGUCUUAUAAACAAGUGUCAGCCUGGUCAAGUAGUGGAUUCCAGUCUCUGCUCUGCCUCUACGGAAGCCACACAUUGCUGCCAAAUGAGACUUGGAUGAAAGUCAAGCCCAAGAUUUUUGAUCUCUUUCUUUCCAACUGCGCCCAUGGCAGACAAGUCCUGUUUAUCAAAAUUUUGACAUUGCGUUUCUCUUCUACCCUCUGCCUAAAAUCUGGCAAUAUUGCAAAUGCACACAAGCAUAUGCAUUUGUUUUUAUCUUUGUAAGAUUCUGACAGGCUGAAAUUGUAUCAUACUGUACUCAUACAACAAACAGGCAAGAGGGAAAUGUGAGAUACCUCUGGUGGAUUUCCCAAUCACCAGGCAUGGUUCACUGUACCUAGGCUGGUCUUUAAGAUAAUAUUUUCUAUGGAAAAAAGAAGAGACUGGCCACCAGUUUUCCAUCUCUGUUGAGACAUGAAAGCUGUCUUGAAAAGACUUUUCAAAUCAAAAUAACAAGUUAUGAGAAAAACUGCAUGACUGGGGAAAAUAAAGAGUACUGUCUUGGUUUGGAAAUACAGGUGCCUGCUAAGGAAGGCAGGAGGCUCCCCUGAAAUGGAGAAUGUGAAUACCCCACCCCCCCUCCAAAUUGCUAUCAAUUUCAAAUUAAGGGGCUCUCAGGCAACAAAUAUUGAAGCAGGAAAUAACAGUUCUUUAAUAGGGAGGAAAAGAAAAGGAUAAAAUAAAGAAUGCAGUAAACAAAAACAACACUGACAGAGUCAGAACACAACCUGACACCCUGUUGGUCACGGUGUUGGUAGCAGUCCAAUUGGAAAUGUGGCUGCAGUUCUCCUGGAGUGUCAGGUGUGGUUCUGUUGGAGCAGGGAUCCUGUAGAAAAGGGUGUAGUCUUCCUCUCAAGAUCAGUGAAGAAGAAGCAGCUGCUGUUCCUAUGGGAAAUCCAGUGGAGAAAGCCAUGCUGGUGUCCAGAAUCACAAGAUUAUAUCCAGGUUGGAAUGCUUGGCUCCUCCCUCUGGGCCGAGCAUCUCACAAUGGGAUGCUGUAGCUCUUAUCAGUCAUGCAGUGACAUUCCAUAGCAGAUGUCCCCCUGGAGGGAGGAGUGGGUGUGGAAGAGAUAAGGACAAUUGCUCACUUAACAGAAGACAACUGCCAUACAGAUGGCAAAUGGAAUACAUCUUACCAUGCAGUCUGGGACAAGUACAUUGGGUUCAUCCUUAGAAGUAUUGGUCUGAAGUCAUCUCUGUCUGCAAGCAGAAAAUUGACAGGCCUUGUGAUGUAAAACACUUUCAAAAGUUAACGUUUAUGUCAGACUUUUCAAUGUAGUUGUUCCUUUUAGUGAUACCUGGGACAUUUACAAAAGGCAAUAUUAAAGGAAGCAUACAGAAUACACUGAAAAUCAUCCUGUGUAGUAGGUUGCAAGCUGGUCCUCCAAAACCCGAUGAAUUGAAAACCCCAGCUGAAGAUUAAAACCUUCCACAGGUGAUAUAAUAUUGUGAAGCCUUUUGCAGCACCUCAGUUUCUAUCAGUUGCAGGGAAUAUAGGGCUCUCUUCAGAAAUGUUAGGUCCUGUAAUUUUCCUUUAAAAACUGGAAGCUUCGUCAGACUUGCUUUACCAGAGAGGAGCCAGAUGGGACCAGUUACAGUGCAGUUGUCCAUUGUUUUGGUUGUCUAGUAGCCAUUUAUACAUGAAAAUAUGCUUCCACUAAUAUGAGUGAAGAGUUUUCACUCCACAGAGUUCCUGCCUGUGUGGUCCUGACAUUAAACAUUCAAGGCAUGGUCUUACAUCUUAUAUUUCUUCUAUUUAUAAGUAGAUCAGAGUCUCAGUGGUCUCACCAUUGCACUAGUUGUCUUACCAACUUGUCUUUCUAACUUAUAUAUAUUGGCCUAAUUCACCAAAAAAACAGUCAGAUUGUAAUGCAGCAGCUGUUUUUUUCCCAUCUUCUUAUUUUCCAUUGUGAAGCUAGGUAUAUCUGCAUUAUCCCCAGCUUAGAUUUGAGUCAGAAAAGCCAUCAACAUCCUUUAUUCCUAGUUUGCACACUGGAAAUGCAAUAAGGGUUCUAUAGAUGCAGACCUGAUCAGCCUACUGGCUGUAGUAUGUCAGUCUCUAGUUGCAUUUGUUUGCUUUUUGCCACAAUUCAUCAGUUUCAAGAUGCAAAUGAAAUUAUAUUAAUGGUGUGCUGGUUUAGAUACCACCUUCCAAUCACAGUGAUUCCUUCAGUGUGCAUACUGUCAGUCCUGUAAUUACAUUUUGUGUGAUGUGCAUUAUAUUGCAGGACCAGCUUUCCUUUUUCCUUUUAAAUAUAGCUUAGUCUAUGCUGCUGAAAGGAUGCAGGAAAGAAUUAUCUAUCUAAACCCAAGUGGAAUUUGGGACCUACCUUUUUUUAGACCCCCUUGCAAGCCCCAGCUGUAAUCAGCUAUUUAAGGCAGAGAUUUUAGCGUGAGGAGUGCUAUGUAUCAUCCACUCCAAAUGCAGUUGCCUGUACACAGGGCACCUUCUUACACAGAUCUCUUGCUCCUGCAUUUGUGAGAUUAAGUGGACAGAAAUUUCAGGGAGAAGUAAUACUUUGAUCUAUUUUAAUGCAUUAAGCUCUGCAAAUUAAGAAAUCUGGGGUGAAGAUUACUGGCUCAUUUUCUGAAAAUGUGAGCAACAUUGUCAACUAGUCCAUUUUCAAUUAACUGUUUGAGCCCAUUGUCCUCAAAUUACCCUAUUUUUGUACUUGCACAGCACCAGGAGAAAGACAAGCAAAAGGCUUUGUGGCUGUAAAUGGAGAAGGAUUUCAUAACCUACUUUGAACCUCAGAUCAAAUGGUGUUUCCAGGGGUGGUAAUUUUUUUACUCAUCAGCUCAUCAGCUGGAUAAGUUUUGACCCAUGUGAAUGUCAUAUUGCCAUGCCUGCAGCAUAUUUUUAAGAAGCAAACUUCAUACAUUCCUUUGCUGGUGAAGACCAAUAUGGUCAACAAUAUUGUCUGUCACUUGUGUCAGUUAAAAUUUUUUUUGUUGUGAUGUAUUGUUCUUCUUCAAGACACUCCACUAUUUUUUAAUGGGGAUAGACUAAACAAAUGUGUGUUGUACUGUUGUCUGCCAUAAUGUCUUCUUGAAAAAUGUUCUUUAAGUAGAGUACAGAAGUGCCCUCAAUAAGAAGAAGAUAAAAAAAUCAAGAGGGUUUUUUAAGGUGGUAUUUAUUAGUUUUCUCUCUUGCUUAGUUGUCAGAUAAUUAGGCUUUUGAAAAAAAAUGGAUUCUGUUUGUGCUAAUUGGAGUAUGACAUUCACUGUCACUGGUCUGUAAAUUCCAAAAAUAUCCAGAUCUUUAUUGCACUUCACCUCUAUUUUUAUUCUCUUAUGAUAAUCUUUAAGAAGUCUGGUUCUGCUGCAUUAGAGAUUGGUUUCAGUGUCUGUACAAUGUUUGCUACUACUGUAGUGUGACUUCGUUAUUUUUGAUUUUUAAAAUUUGUAUUGGUACAGCCUUAACUUACAGAAAUAAAGACCAUUUAAAAUAAAUCAAAAUAGUCAUUGAUGUCUGUGGUAAAUGCAUGCUUUAUUCACAGUAUUUUGUCUGUAAUUAGGUGUAGCAACCAAGUCUUAUGUAUUUAAUAAAUUGUUUUCUGCAAAA